AAACACUGUUGAUACUACUGAUUUACACAAUUUUUUUACCUAAAAUCUUGGAUGAUUUUAAUAUAAUAAAAUAUGUUAAUGAACUAUUUAUUUUAUAGAAUAUAGUUAUUUCCUUAAAAUGAAUUCACCCAUUGAGAAUAUAAUUGUGAAUUCAAGUCAAUAUACGCCAGUUUACUUUAUAGAAGAUCCUGGUGCUAACCAGGCCAGACCGAUUGUUGUAACUGCGAAUCAACAAAAACCCAUUAGUAAUACAUUAAAAACAUUUUACGAAAAUAGCGGUAAACUGGAAGAUAACCUCCUGCAGAGUACAGAUAGUGUUUCGUUUACAAAACCUGAAGGAAUCAUUAAGAAAACCGAUAUAAAUGUUAUUGGAAACAAUUUGAAACUAGCUAAUUUUCUAUUACCAAAAGCAGGAUUACAGAUCGAAGCUAGUAAACAAUACAUUGCACCUGUGAAUAAUGUUGUGCUAAAGCCUGUGUACGUAGCUAGCACCAAUACGUCUAGUAUUCCUACUGUCACGAAUACAAUCCCUAAACUUGAUGUAUGUAGUAAAAUUGUUAAACUAAAAGAUCUACCAAGCACACACAAACAUAGAAACGGUAAAUUAGUGCCAAAGAAAAAACCAAAGGAGGAUACUGUAAGUAACAGUAAAACUACAUCAGUGCAAUUAUUAAAACUAGGCGAGACAUACCAUAGUCUUAACGAACUGAGUGAUGAUCAAAUGAAAAUUGUUAAUCAUGCCCUGAAAAUAUUUAGUAAUCCUAAGAAUUCACCUAAAGAACCAACGUAUGAUCCUGUAACCAAUACCAGAUUUAUUUAUAAGGUGGUAUCACCAAAAGACCUAACAGUUGUUGGCAAAAAUAAAGUGGUGAUUAAACAAAAGAAACAGGAGGUGAAGAAGGAAUCAGUUAAGAGACAAGAAAAGAAAGAAGCAAAACUGGUACCUGAAGUAGUUAGUGAACCAAUUCCUGUUGAGACCAAAGUGACAAGGAGUGGUAGAAAAGUCAAGUUGCCUAAAAAUAUAUUACCAGAGGAAGUACAUCAAAAGCCAAAGAAAAAGAGUGGCACUAUAGCUAGUUGCUUUCAGUGCUCAUCAGAAUUUAGCAGCCUCUACCGCUUACAACGACAUUACGAACACCACCCCACCCACAUACCAGCUCGAAUACACUCAAAUCUCUUCCACUGUCUUCUGGCCAUUAUCAAGACUGGAUCAGAGGAGGACAGGGCCAAUAUCUUCUUGCAACAAUUGGAACAAGUUAUAACUAAGAUAAAGUCAUUGAUACCGUGUUUAUUAAAAGGCAAUGGAGCUGGAGCUGAAGGAAAACUUAGUACAAUUAGUGAAGAUGUGGGAAGGUUAUUUGGUAUAAGCCCUGGGAAGUAUAAUUUGGACAUUGAUGCUCUCAGCUGUGUUAAAGAUAAAGACGGUCACUGUCUGCACAACCCAGCACCACCUCUAAGCAAACCAGCACAACCUUGGAGUAAUAAAAGCAAUGAGGAAACCACAAAAGUGCCAGAAACAGAUGACUGUGCAAGAAUUAACUCAGCUGAAAAAUGGCCAACAGUCAGUAAAAGAAUGGAGCGCAAGAAACCUGAACAAAACACAGCAAAGAAAAUUAAACUGAUAGAAUCUGAAGUGCCUAUAGAACUAGGCGACGACGAUAUAGCCGCGUUCUUUAGCAAUAACCACAAGACUGAUAUUAGCUCAUUGGAUAAGACUGCUACAGAGGAAAUCAAUAUAAGUAAUAAAGAAACCACUGAAACAACGAAAGCAGAUACUUCAAAUAAACCUACACACAUACGAUUUCACAGUACACAUUUUGAUAUCAGGUCAUCACCGAUGAAACCAACGUCUACAGUUUUUAGAAAAUUUCAAAUCAAUCCGGAAAAAAUGCCAAAGUUUGAUAUACAAGAGAUACAACCAUUAAUAAGUCAAGAGAGUGAAUUUACAGAGACAAUCAGUACUGAAUCAAAUGAAAGUACAAAUAUACAAAGUGAUUUAUUUAUAGAUAAUCCCGUGCAAUCAGAGACAAGUUGUAAAGAUGCACCAGAAUUGAAUUUUAACACAUCAAAAGAAUGGACUGUUAAGUAUACGGAUACCGAACAUGGUACUGGAAGCUUUAUGAAGUCUGAUAGUUUAAUUAAUGAGAACACCGAUUAUUUGAAAUCAAAUGCCUCAAUAGAGCCUUCUUUAAUUCAUGUGAAGGAUAUACCAAAACCUGUAAAUAAUGAAAUAAAUAUAAGUGAACUACCUAUUAGUGAUCACUCAUUAUCUAACCAAGGAUCGGUGUUGAACUUUUUAGACUCAUUAGGCAGUACUGAGCUAUCUUAUCCAGAUACUACCAUAAGAAAUCACUCUGUUGAUUUUCAAUUAGAUCUAUUUUCCUUUAGCAAUUAAUAGUAUUAUUAAAUAAUAAAUAGUGAGGUAUAAAUGAUUUGAUUUAUG